GCGGCCGCGGACUGGCCUCCAUCACCGCCAACCUGCCCUGGCCGCCAUGUUGGGAGGAAACGACGCGUCACGCAGCGGCCAAACGGCUGCAGAGGAGGAAGCGGCGGCGGCGGCGGCGGCGGCGGCGGCGCUGCCUGCCCAGAGAGCUGCCGCGGCGCCGGGAGGCUGGGGGCGGAGGGCGGUGCGGGAGGAGCGGCCCGAGCCGCAGCGCUACGGCGGCCCGGCGGGGCCUCCCGCGUUCGCCUGCAGGGCGGUGUGGGGCGUGGCGGGCGUCCUGUGGCGCCGCGCCCAGCACUUCGGGCUGUUGUCUGCGGCCGGCCUGCGGACCAAGGAUCCCCCCUACUCGGCACCCCUGCUCCUGCCGGGUGAACAGGACUCCUGGCUACUCUGCACCGGCUUCUCUAACUUUCUGAUGGAAGUGCAGUCCUUUGCCUUCGAAGGGUCACAGGAACACCCGCAUCGCCGGUUCUCAGCCGCACUGGGUCUCCGCCUGCAGCGCUCGACUCUAAAAUUUCCUUCCCCUGUAUGCGGAACUGCCCUCCAGGACUGCGCUCUCCGACAACCUCAGGGAGGAUUCUCUUUUGGGAAAAGUGUUGCUCCAUUUCUAAUUGAUCUUUGUUUCUUCAUAAUGGAAUGUUGUGCCAGGUACUGUUGAAGAGAUGGCAACUUACUAUUGUUGAACUUCUGGCCUCAAGCAGUCCUCCUGCCUCAGCCUCCCAAAGUGCUGAGAUUACAGGCAUAAGCCACCAUGCCCAGCCUCUCUUUUUACUCCUAUGGCCGCAUGCUGAAGAUGGCAGAACCACUAGUUAGGAGUCUUCGUUCCUGAAUUGGAACUCUUGGAGAAGAACCAUCUACCCCAUUAGGAAAACCUAUUUUGGACUUUACAUGAAUGAAGCAGACUCUUCAGUUAUGUUUAGCAGUCAGCUUUAUCCUUGGGAUUCAUCGAUGAACAAGACAAGCUGGCACCUGUAGUCCAGCACUUUGGGAGGCCAAGGCAGGAAAAUGGCUUGAGGCCAGGAGUUCCAGAUAAAACUGGGCAACAUAGCAAGACCCUGUCUCUAUAAAAAAUAAAGAAAAAUUAGCCAGGCACAGUGGCAUGCACGUGUAGCUGCAGCUACUCAGGAGACUGAGGUGGGAGAAUCACUUGAAUUCAGGAGUUCGAGGCUGCAGUGAGCUACGAUAUGAUAGUGCCAUGGCAUUCAUAAUCAUCUUGUCUGCUUGCUUUGCUUGCUGAUUGGUUGCAUGUUUCUCUAUCAUCUGUUAUAUUGCUGGCAUAGAGAAGGCCUUUGCCGGCAAUAUAAUAGAUAAUAUAGAGAACACUUAUAUACUGCACACUUAUAGAAACUUGGAUAAAUGAAAGGCACCAGGCUAAGUCAAGCACGAUACCUGCCCUUUUGGACCUUACAGUAUAGAGUAGGAAAAAGAUAUUAAGUCAGUAGCGAAUAUACAAUUACAAAUCUGUUAAGUAUGAUUAAAGAAUAGAGUGCUGUGAGGGAAUCUGCUUCGGAUUGCAGAUUCAGGAAUGGCUUCCCUGAAGAAGUGGCAUUUAAAUUGAAACCUGAAGGAAGAAUAGACAUUAGCCAGACUAAGUCAUGAGUAACUUUCCAGGCAAAGUCUUUUGGGGUAGGAGGAAACUUGGCAAGUUUCAGGAAACAAAACAAGGCAAUGUGGCCAAAAGUUAGGAUCAAGGGGAAUGGUGCCAGUCAGGAUGAAGAGGGAGCUAGGAACAAGAUCAUUCAGAAUCUUGCGGGCCAUGUUACGGGGUUGCAAUUUCAUCCUAACAGCAACAGAAAUGCAUGGAAAGGUUUUAAAAGUGGGGGAUGAAGUAAUCAAAUUGGUGAUUUAAAAAUAAUCCCUCUGUUACGUGGAGAAUGGAUUGCAGGGAGACAAGUAAGAAUGUGGCAAAACAUUAAGGAAUUGAUUACAAUGACCAAUGCCUUGGUUGGGUCCAGGGUCACCAAGCAAGGUUGUUGAGAUCAUUCCCUGCACAACGGGGCAAGUGGGGCUGAAAUGCAUCCCCACUAUCUGCCCAAAAGAAGAGGCUCCGGGCCGGGUGUGGUGGCUCAUGCCUGUAAUCCCAGCACUUGGGAGGCUAAGGUGGGCGGAUCACGAGGUCAAGAGAUCGAGAAUUCUGUUAGUUUUCAAAACAUUCCAUAAUCUGACUCCUGAUGUUGGUAGAGGAGGAAAAAGCAUUAUUUUCCCUCUACCCAUGUUAAGUUAGUUCAAGUUAGUUAAGUUACUUCAUGCAGAUUAGAUGGACAAAAGACAAAUUAAUAAAAGCAAGCAUUUAUUAACCUCUUUGUGGCACAGUGAUGAGUAACUCAAAAGGGUGGUGGUUAGAACUUGUUCUUACAUAGCAGCUUAACAAAAUAACAAUACAUUUUUAGAAAAAUUCUAUAAAGGAAAGGACUUUGAGCUUCUAGCAUAGCAAAUUUGGGAAGGUGACUAUAUGAGAGAACUAGCGGAAUAUGAAAGCUAGGUAAUAAACUUCGUUAUGUAUUAUUGAUUCCUAAGGGUCCAGAGUUGUCUCCAAUGAUUAACUUCUGUCCUUCCUGGGAAAGGGGUGGGGGGGUGGGAGGGACAAAGGGGAGACACCUUUACAAAGCCAGGGUUACAAUUUGGCAAGCCUAGCUCCAGAGCCCAUACUCUAAAUAACUAAAUUACACCACCUUUGUAACAGUUUAGUUUGUCUAUAAAAGACAAACGUCCCAGCCCCUCUGCCUCAGAUAUAUGCUUGUGGGCACUCAUGUUCCAGCACAUUUGCUUUUCCAAACCACCCUCUGCCUUUUAUCCCUGUGCAACGUUACUCACAUAAACACCAAGUUCAUUCACACCUGUGUGCCUUUUUGUUCAUCUUUCAGCUAUCCAGAGUGCUCACUGCAACCUUUCUUUUAUUUGUUGUCCCCAAAGGCUUCCCAACCUUCAAAGUCUCUUUGAAAUUCCAUCCUCUCCUAAAAGUUCUUUCUUCUACCUGCAGUAACACUAUUCUCUCCCUUCUAUGUCUUACAGCAUUGCCUACCUCACACUUUAUGCCUGACUGUCCCCAGUAGUGUUUAAUUCUCUAAGUUUUUGAAGACUAGGCAUACAUGAAAAGAUAAGGCAGCCAACUUAGCAAAAGAUGAGAAACAUUGAUUAAACAGAAUCAGUUUUGCUGAGACCACAAUAACGUCAUGACUAAUAGAAGAAAGGCCAUCUCCAAAGUAAAUUGUCUGCUUUCUUGCUUUUCAUGUAAGCUAAUUUGAUAUUCCACUUGCACCAGUCUGCUUGUUUUUACCUCAUUUAUUAAGACAAUAAAUGGAUAUAGUGUAUCUUUAGCCAGGCAUAGUGUUGCAUGCCUGCAAUCCCAGCACUUUGGGAGGCUGAGGCGGGUGGAUCACCUGAGUUCAGGAGUUUCAGACCAGCCUGGCCAACAUGAUGA